CAGUGGCACGGCCAGGCCAGCAUGGUGGACCACUUGCUUCCAGUUGACGAGAACUUCUCGUCGCCGAAGUGCCAGGUUGGAUAUCUGGGAGACAGGCUGGUAGGUGGGCGGGCGUACCACAUGCUGCCCUCGCCCCUUUCGGAAGAUGACAGUGACGCCUCCAGCCUUUGCUCCUGUGCCAGCCCAGACUCACAAGCCCUCUGCUCCUGCUAUAGCAGUGGCUCGGGUGCUGAGGGCCAGGACAACAUCUUGGACUUCCUGCUAUCCCAGGCUACGCUGGGCAGUGGUGGCAGCGGCAGCAUCGGGGCCAGCAGUGGUCCUGUGACAUGGGAGGCCUGGCGGAGGGCACCGGCACCUGUGAAGGGGGAGCAUUUCUGCUUCCCGGAGUUUCCUGUGGGUGAUCCUGAUGAUGUUCCAAGGCCCUUCCAGCCCACCCUGGAGGAGAUUGAAGAGUUUCUGGAGGAGAACAUGGAGCUGGGAGUCAAGGAGGCUCCAGAGAGCAACAACAAGGACUUGGAGGCCUGUAGUCAGCUCUCAGCUGGGCCACACAGGAGCCACCUCCAUCCUGGGUCUGGUGGGAGAGAACGCUGUGCUCCCCAACCAGGUGGUGCCAGUGCGGGUGACACUCAGGGCCCAGGCGGGGGGCCUGCACCUGAUGGCCCUAUUCCCUUGCUGCUGCAGAUUCAGCCUGUGCAGGUGAAGCAGGAAUCAGGCACAGAGCCCUCCUCCCCUGGGCAGGCUCCGGAGAGUGUCAAAGUAGCCCAGCUCUUGGUCAACAUCCAGGGGCAGACCUUUGCACUCCUGCCCCAGGUGGUGCCCUCCUCGAACUUGAAUGUGCCCUCCAAGUUCGUGCGCAUUGCCCCUGUGCCCAUUGCUGCCAAGCCCAUUGGGUCAGGACCCCUGGGGCCUGGCCCCACCGGCCUCCUCAUGGGCCAGAAGUUCCCCAAGAACCCUGCAGCGGAACUCAUCAAAAUGCACAAAUGUACUUUCCCCGGCUGCAGCAAGAUGUACACCAAAAGCAGCCACCUCAAGGCCCACCUGCGACGGCACACAGGCGAGAAGCCCUUUGCCUGCACCUGGCCAGGCUGUGGCUGGAGGUUCUCCCGCUCAGAUGAACUGUCAAGGCACCGGCGUUCGCACUCUGGCGUGAAGCCCUACCAGUGUCCCGUGUGUGAGAAGAAGUUUGCGCGAAGUGACCACCUGUCCAAGCACAUCAAGGUGCACCGCUUCCCCCGGAGCAGCCGCUCCGUACGUGCUGCCAACUGACACCCCCCCCAGCCACCCACACCAACUAUUACCGCUGCCACUGGCCCACCCCAUCCCCAACCCAUCAGAUCGCCCAGAUCACCCAUAUAUUUUGUAGCAAUAAUUUAUUUGCCUCCUUCAGAGGGAAGUGAGAAUGUUACCAACCCAGCAGCCUGGGUUGGUAUGGGAAGAAGGGGGCUAGCCUGGGAGACAGGAACCCAGAGCCCCCACCUGCUGCCUUUCCUGGGGAGACCCAGCUCCUAACCUGGAGGCCGGCCUCCGUGCCUUUGUGCCUUUGUGCCUUCCUGCGCCGCUGCUACAGGCCUCUGCUGCAGUGUCUGGGGGCCUGGCCCUUCUCCCACUGGGCUCCCUGCCUGGGCCAGGGCCAGGGCCAGCACUUUAUUGCCCGGGAAGAUGAAAUGUGCAGUUUUGAAAUAUCACUUCCCACAGGGAGCCACACUGGGAAGAAGGAAGUAGGCCAAAAGUCCUGGGCUGCACUGUGGUGUGCAGGUGGCUUUGUCCAAGAUGCUUCACUCAGCCUGACUACCAGAAGGUAUGGGCGAGGCUGUUAGGGGUGCAGGACCUAGCCUCUUGAUGGCUGUGGGAUUGGGGUGAAAAAGCCCCUCUCUGGGGGGCUGAUGUGCAUGUGCUUCAGUUAAAUGUGCAGGGCAGGCAGACAGAUGUAGGCUGGCCCCGGACUGUCUGUACCCAGCGUGGCUCAGCCCCUUGUCCAGUUUCCAGACACCAGCCUCCAGGGUCACCUUUUGGGAGGACAGGAACAGAACAGGCUGCAUAGCAUGUAGAAGAAGCAGAUAGAGCCCCCAAUCCUGAUUUAGAAAUGCAUUCCUUAUUUUGUCUAGAAAUUAAUAUCAAAUGAACUAGCUUGUUUGACAGGUUUAUUUCACAUCCUAUGAAUGUAUGUAAAUAAACUGUACAUAGGUACAUCUACAUAAAAUAUCUUUUAAUAACAUCAGCAUUUGUGUAAAUUUGAAAUUUUAAAAAUCUAUAAAGCUGGUGUACAUAUGUUACAAUUAUGUAUAUUUUCUUUGGUCCUUCAUAAAAAUAUAUUUACUUUGCCAAUAAAAAGAAAAAAGAACUCA